CGCAAUUGAACAGCACCACCAUUCCGACGACGAGCGACGCUACACCCAAAGGCGGAAAAGCGUUUGCACGUUUUGUGAAUUGUUUGAUGAAAUUAUUGAAAAACCAUGUGUGGCCGCACGUGUUUGACACUGGAACCGAAAGAGCUGGAAAGCUGCUGCAAGUACAACAAAAGCGGACAAAACAAACCGAAACAACCGCGCUACCGAAAUGAGUUCAAUUGUGGGAAAAAGUACGUCCCUUCGUUUAAUGUAGCCCCGACAGACGUAACGCCAGUGCUUGUUUCCGCCCUGCACUUUGAUGAGUCGGCCGAUUCCGCCGAUCGGUUGCUGGUGCCGAUGAUGUGGGGUAUGGUUCCACGCUGGCACAAGGGUGACUUCCGGAAGCACGGCCUAACCACUAACAACUGCCGGCUGGAGGGUUUGGCGUUCUCGAAACUGUACGGACCACCGCUCGCCUCGGGCCAACGGUGUGUCAUACUUUGCGAAGGCUUCUACGAAUGGCAAACGGUAAAACCGCUGAAGCCCUCCGAACGGGCCGCCUUCUACGUGCACGCACCGCAGGCAGAGAAGGUCAAGAUGGAGGACAAAUCCACCUGGCAGCUCGAGACGGGAGGGCAGCUGCAGUUGCUCCGCAUUGCCGGGCUGUUCGAUGUGUGGAACGACGAGAACGGGGACAAGCUGUACAGCUACACGGUGAUCACGUUCGAAACGGAGGGUCAGUUCGCGAGCAUACACCAUCGAUCGCCGGCCAUUCUCGAGACCGAUGCACAGGUGGCGGACUGGUUGGAUUUUAAGCGUGUGCCAGCGAACCGAGCGCUCAAUCUUUUGCAACCAUGCCAAGCGCUGAAGUGGUACCGCGUGUCGAACGUGGUGAACAACUCGCGCAACAAAUCGGACCAAUGCAACAAACCGCUUGAGCAGGGCAAAUCGGGUGACGGAAGCGGCAAGUCUGGCGUCGUUCCGAAAAGCAAAAUGAUGCAAUCGUGGCUGAUUGUUAAGAAGCGAAAGCAUGACGAUGGCGAAGAACAGCCCUCAGCUUUGGAGGGUACGGUAAAGCAGGAAUUGAAGACGGAACCGGUGGACAAGAAACCGAAACCGGAUCCCGAUGUGCCAUGAAGCAGAUAAGUUACCUUAAU